GAGAGGAGUGGGCGGGGCAGGGUUUAGGGGUGAGGGCUGAAGCAGCUUUGGUGUGGGUGGGUGCAUGGCAGCCAUGCUGACCUGUCAAGCUGCCCCCGGGGAGGUUGGAGAAGAGGGACCAGAGCUGGUUAGAGUGACCCCAGAACAGGGCAGUGUGCACCCCAGUCCAGGAAGCAGAAGACAGACUCCCACUGGGCUUGCUGAGGUCAGCUCCUGCCCAGUAUCACUCCGCUGUCCUCCCUCAGGCUGGUGGGCCAGGCCGUGGUACCCUGGUGAUGCGGGGCGAGGCCCCCCCCACAGUCCGCUGAGAGCCCUGCCCCCGCCCCUGGCCUUCGCCAUGGCCCGCUUGGCCGCAGCACUCUGGAGCCUGUGUGUCACCACAGUCCUCGUCACCUCUGCUACCCAAGGCCUGAGUCGUGCCGGGCUCCCAUUUGGAUUGAUGCGCCGGGAGUUAGCAUGUGAAGGCUACCCCAUCGAGCUGCGGUGCCCAGGCAGCGACGUCAUCAUGGUGGAGAAUGCUAACUACGGGCGCACGGAUGACAAGAUCUGCGAUGCCGACCCUUUCCAGAUGGAGAAUGUGCAGUGCUACCUGCCCGACGCCUUCAAAAUCAUGUCACAGAGGUGCAAUAACCGAACCCAGUGUGUGGUGGUGGCCGGCUCCGACGCCUUUCCUGACCCCUGUCCUGGAACCUACAAGUACCUGGAGGUGCAGUACGACUGUGUCCCCUACAUCUUCGUGUGCCCAGGGACACUGCAGAAGGUACUGGAGCCCACCUCCACGCAUGAGUCAGAGCACCAGUCUGGUGCAUGGUGCAAGGACCCGCUGCAGGCAGGUGACCGUAUCUACGUCAUGCCCUGGAUACCCUACCGCACGGACACACUGACUGAAUAUGCCUCAUGGGAGGACUAUGUGGCUGCACGCCACACUACCACAUACCGACUGCCCAACCGUGUGGAUGGCACCGGCUUUGUAGUCUACGAUGGCGCGGUCUUCUACAACAAGGAGCGCACGCGCAACAUCGUCAAGUAUGACCUGCGGACCCGCAUCAAGAGCGGUGAGACAGUCAUCAACACAGCCAACUACCAUGACACCUCACCUUAUCGCUGGGGAGGCAAGACCGACAUUGACCUGGCGGUGGAUGAGAACGGGCUGUGGGUCAUUUAUGCCACCGAGGGCAACAAUGGGCGCCUGGUGGUGAGCCAGCUCAACCCCUACACGCUACGCUUCGAGGGCACCUGGGAAACGGGCUACGAUAAGCGCUCGGCCUCCAACGCCUUCAUGGUGUGCGGGGUCCUUUAUGUGCUGCGCUCCGUGUACGUGGAUGACGACAGCGAGGCGGCCGGCAACCGCGUGGACUACGCCUUCAACACGAACGCAAACCGCGAGGAGCCCGUCAGUCUCGCUUUCCCCAACCCCUACCAGUUUGUGUCCUCCGUCGACUACAACCCCCGGGACAACCAGCUGUACGUGUGGAACAACUAUUUUGUGGUGCGCUACAGCCUGGAGUUUGGACCCCCAGACCCCAGUGCUGGCCCAGCCACUUCCCCACCUCUCAGUACCACCACCACAGCUCGGCCCACCCCCCUCACCAGCACAGCCUCGCCUGCAGCCACCACCCCACUCCGUCGGGCACCCCUCACCACACACCCAGUGGGUGCCAUUAACCAGCUGGGACCUGACCUGCCUCCAGCCACAGCCCCAGCACCCAGCACCCGGCGGCCUCCAGCUCCCAAUCUGCAUGUGUCUCCUGAGCUCUUCUGUGAACCCCGAGAGGUCCGGCGGGUCCAGUGGCCAGCUACCCAACAGGGCAUGCUGGUGGAGAGGCCUUGCCCCAAGGGAACUCGAGGAAUUGCCUCAUUCCAGUGUCUCCCUGCUCUGGGUCUCUGGAACCCUCGGGGCCCUGACCUCAGCAACUGCACCUCUCCCUGGGUCAACCAAGUAGCCCAGAAGAUUAAGAGUGGGGAGAAUGCAGCCAACAUCGCUAGUGAGCUGGCUCGUCACACACGGGGCUCCAUCUAUGCUGGGGACGUGUCCUCGUCAGUGAAGCUGAUGGAACAACUGUUGGACAUCCUGGAUGCCCAGCUCCAGGCCCUCCGGCCCAUUGAGCGCGAGUCAGCUGGCAAGAACUACAAUAAGAUGCACAAACGAGAGAGGACCUGCAAGGACUAUAUCAAGGCUGUGGUAGAGACAGUGGACAACCUGCUUCGGCCAGAGGCACUUGAGUCCUGGAAAGACAUGAAUGCCACAGAACAGGUGCACACAGCCACCAUGCUACUAGAUGUCCUGGAGGAGGGGGCCUUCCUGCUGGCCGACAAUGUCAGGGAACCCGCUCGCUUCUUGGCUGCCAAGCAGAACGUGGUCCUGGAGGUGACUGUCCUGAACACAGAGGGUCAAGUGCAAGAGUUGGUGUUCCCCCAGGAAUACCCCAGCGAGAACUCUAUCCAGCUGUCCGCCAACACCAUCAAGCAGAAUAGCCGCAAUGGUGUGGUCAAGGUUGUCUUCAUCCUCUACAACAACUUGGGCCUAUUCUUGUCCACGGAGAAUGCCACAGUGAAGCUGGCGGGCGAGGCAGGGACCGGUGGCCCUGGAGGUGCCUCCCUGGUGGUGAACUCACAGGUCAUUGCAGCAUCCAUUAAUAAGGAAUCCAGCCGCGUCUUCCUCAUGGACCCUGUCAUCUUUACUGUGGCUCACUUGGAGGCCAAGAACCACUUCAAUGCAAACUGCUCCUUCUGGAACUACUCAGAGCGCUCCAUGCUGGGCUACUGGUCAACCCAGGGCUGCCGCCUGGUGGAGUCCAAUAAGACCCAUACCACAUGUGCCUGCAGCCACCUCACCAACUUCGCAGUGCUCAUGGCUCACCGAGAGAUCUACCAGGGCCGCAUCAAUGAGCUGCUGCUGUCAGUCAUCACCUGGGUUGGCAUUGUCAUCUCCCUGGUCUGUCUGGCCAUCUGCAUCUCCACCUUCUGCUUCCUGCGUGGCCUGCAGACUGACCGCAACACCAUCCACAAAAACCUCUGCAUCAACCUCUUCCUUGCGGAGCUGCUCUUCCUGGUGGGGAUAGACAAGACUCAGUAUGAGGUCGCCUGCCCCAUCUUUGCGGGCCUGCUGCACUACUUUUUCCUGGCCGCCUUCUCCUGGCUGUGCCUAGAAGGUGUGCACCUCUACCUGCUGCUGGUGGAGGUGUUUGAGAGCGAGUACUCACGCACCAAGUACUAUUACCUGGGCGGCUACUGCUUCCCAGCCCUGGUGGUAGGCAUCGCAGCCGCCAUUGACUACCGAAGCUAUGGCACCGAGAAGGCCUGCUGGCUGAGAGUGGAUAACUACUUCAUCUGGAGCUUCAUUGGGCCCGUCUCCUUUGUCAUUGUGGUGAACCUGGUCUUCCUCAUGGUGACCCUGCACAAGAUGGUCCGAAGCUCAUCAGUGCUCAAACCUGACUCCAGCCGCCUUGACAACAUCAAGUCCUGGGCACUGGGUGCCAUUGCGCUGCUCUUCUUGCUGGGCCUCACCUGGGCUUUUGGCCUCCUCUUCAUCAACAAGGAGUCAGUGGUCAUGGCCUAUCUCUUCACCACCUUCAACGCCUUCCAGGGGGUUUUCAUCUUUGUCUUUCACUGCGCCUUACAGAAAAAGGUGCACAAGGAGUACAGCAAGUGCCUGCGUCACUCGUACUGCUGCAUCCGCUCCCCGCCCGGGGGCUCACACGGCUCCCUCAAGACCUCCGCCAUGCGGAGCAACACCCGAUACUACACGGGGACCCAGGUAGGGGAGGGGAGCAUGUGCAGCAGGUCUCUCUGGGGCCAAGAACCUGGAGAGUGGGGUGUUCCUACAGAUCCCCUCAUGUUUGGGCUGUGUCCCCAGAGCCGAAUCCGGAGGAUGUGGAACGAUACCGUGAGGAAACAGACAGAGUCCUCCUUUAUGGCAGGUGACAUCAACAGCACUCCUACCCUGAACCGAGGUACCAUGGGGAAUCACCUGCUGACCAACCCUGUGCUACAGCCCCGCGGGGGCACUAGCCCGUACAAUACACUCAUCGCGGAGUCUGUGGGCUUCAAUCCUUCCUCGCCCCCAGUCUUCAACUCCCCAGGAAGCUACAGGGAACCCAAGCACCCCUUGGGAGGCCGGGAAGCCUGUGGCAUGGACACCCUGCCCCUUAAUGGCAACUUCAACAACAGCUACUCGUUGCGAAGCGGGGAUUUCCCUCCGGGGGAUGGGGGUCCCGAGCCACCCCGAGGCCGGAACCUGGCCGACGCUGCCGCCUUUGAGAAGAUGAUCAUCUCAGAGCUGGUGCACAACAACCUUCGGGGGGCCAGCGGGGGUGCCAAAGGGCCUCCGCCGGAGCCCCCUGUGCCGCCCGUGCCAGGGGUCAGUGAGGACGAGGCCGGCGGGCCUGGGGGUGCUGACCGGGCAGAGAUUGAACUUCUCUACAAGGCCCUGGAGGAGCCUCUGCUGCUGCCCCGGGCCCAGUCGGUGCUGUACCAGAGUGAUCUGGAUGAGUCGGAGAGCUGUACGGCAGAGGACGGGGCCACCAGUCGGCCCCUCUCCUCACCUCCCGGCCGGGACUCCCUCUAUGCCAGCGGGGCCAACCUGCGGGACUCGCCCUCCUACCCGGACAGCAGCCCCGAAGGGCCUAAUGAGGCCCUGCCCCCGCCCCCACCUGCCCCCCCUGGGCCCCCAGAAAUCUACUACACCUCCCGCCCGCCGGCCCUGGUGGCUCGGAAUCCCCUACAGGGCUACUACCAGGUGCGGCGGCCCAGCCAUGAGGGCUACCUGGCAGCCCCCAGCCUCGAGGGGCCAGGGCCUGAUGGGGAUGGGCAGAUGCAGUUGGUCACCAGCCUCUGAGGGGCCUCAUGGACCAGAGGCCGGGGGCCUGGCCAGGGAGGGAACCCAGGAGGGGCUCUGGUGGGAGCAGAGACUGACGGAGGCAGUGGCUGGUGGGCCACUCUCUCCAGGUGCCCCUCAGCCCGUGGGCCCCACUGUCCCCUCAGGGGCGCUGACCUGGGCCCCAGGUGCCAGGGUUAGACAGGGUUUCCACCAGCCACACGCCCCAGCCUCUCUAGGGGAAUGCAAUGAGGAAAAGCCACGCCCCCCCCCCCCCUGGGCCCUGGGAGUGAGGGCGAAGCUGGUAGGUGUGACCAGCUUCUGACACUCCCUGCCUAUGGAGGAAGAGCAAGGGGUAAGGCUUCCCUAGGUCUUUAGGGGGUUGCCGCUUUUGAGGUGGUCAAAGCCUUGCAGGAUCCAGUCUAUCAGCUGCUCUUCUCCAUCCAUCAGAAGGGAGCAGCAGGGGAGUGGGACAGAUGGACAGGAUCCUCCCAUGCUACAGUUCCCUGUGCCCUGGAGACUGGGCCUUGGACCACAGCCAGGCCCAGGGAGUGGGCAGUGGGGGCUGGUGGUUAACGUGGAACUUUCUCUGAAGCUCCUUUAUCCCUUGCUAUUGGUCCCUGUCUCCCAAGCAAGCCUGCCCCUCAACCCCCAGAGUGCACCCAAUGACCCCCUCCCUUGGGGUGACUCCUGAUGAAGCACAACUCCCCGCAGGGCCCCAACCCACUGGGGUGGCCAUAUUUGGGCAGUUCCCAGUCCUGUGGGCUGGGCUAUCUGGGGAGCAGAUUUGGGGUCUGGGGCUCCCUGAAGAGUGGGUCCUGGGUUUGGAUCUUUCCCUAGGGGGCCCUCUUACCCCUCUCUCUUCCUCCCCUAUUGCUGUAAAUAUUUCAACAAAAUGGAAAAGGAAAAAAAAAAAAAAAAGACAAAAAAAAGUAAGAAAAUCUCAUCACUUGAAGCCACCGGGCACCUGCAGCCCAGGCCAGCCCGGACUUUCUCCGGAACAGAGCAGCGGCCAGCCCUGGCGACCAGGACUUCCUGUGUGUGUACAUCCCAGCCAGGGUGGGCAGCCGCCAGAGCAGCUUUUACACUCCAGAGACAAAACCAAUCUAGAAGCAACAGCAAAACAAAGAACCUGUCCUUCCCAGCACUGGUCCAUCGCCUCUGCUCUGGCCGCCCUCCUGGGGCGUGUACCUCACUGCCUGCCCCAGGACCAGAGGCCUGUCUCCCCUGCCCCGCUGGCCAGGAGACACCCUCACACCCAAAGAUGCUUUCGCCAAGAUGGCUGCACUACCCCUUUGAGUUCCUGCUUCUUGUAGAUCACUUCAGGACUCAUGGCAGGCAGGAGGAGGCUGGCAUCCCACCCUGAGAAGGGAAAGAGGAGUGGAGGGCAGAGAAUGGUUCCUGUGGCAGAGGGCAGGAUGGCCGUGGUGAGGUCAUUUCUGAGGGAGGGGCAAGAGAGGUGAGAGGUCACUUUCCCUUACCCCCCACUCCAAGCCCUCUGACAGGCACCCCAGCCCUCCAGCCUGGCCUGCCCUUCCCCAGUUUUUUGGGGGUAGCAUAACCCUGCUGCCAUCUUCCAGAGAUGGCAGCACACCUCUGCUGACUUCACCCUCUUUUCCUGCCUCCUUCCUCACAAGUGCCAUGAGUUUUCAAGCAUCCUCGGGUCUCAGCUUGCUGCUGCCAUGAACUUCUUUGGGUUAUGAGGGAGUGACUCUAGGAAGGAGCUGAGGAGGUGGGUCAGUGGCUAGGAGGACCCUUUCUGCUGCUAGAAAGCCCUCUCCCUUCUGGGGAGCUGGGACUGGCUUGUCCCCAUCAGUGAGGGGCAAAGGGGCCAGACCAAAGAUGAUGGUUUGCCCCAUGGAGGGGAACAGAUGUGAAAAGGCAGGGUUUAUUCCAUCUCUGGUCUUUUCUGGUGGUAGUAUGUUUUAGCCUAUCUUGCCAGAAGACCAAGGGUGAAGUCUAGAUAGAGGAGAGGAUGGGGAUAGUCUUGCUAGGCGGGCAUGGAGAGUAAGAAAUGGCUUGUGGCCCUUGCCUAGCUUCCACUGGACCUGGAGCUUGCUGUGGCUAUGUGGAGUGAAUGGCCCAGGAGCCAGAGGACUUGACUCAGCCCAGGCCUGAGGCCCAUCAGACAUCAAUAAAGCUGGAAGGAGGGGUGGGGUGAAGAGCUCCUCUGGGAUUGGCAGGCACAGGAGUCCUGCUCCCUCUUUCCCUGCACAGCCCUUCUCCAAAUGUGGACACAUGGAGGGUAGAGGGUGUGGUGUAGCAGGCCCUUGGUUCCUGCUCUAGCUGGAAUUGCUAGCAGAGUAAAUCCCAGGCCUCAGAGCUACAUGGCAGGUCCCCCAGUGGGGCUGGAUCCACUACAAUCCAGCGCAAAGCCACCCAGAGAGCCCAGGUGUCCCCUACCCUAACCAGACCUGGUGCCUUGACGCCCCCACCCCAGCGGGGACGGUACAGAGAAGGGUCUGGUCUCCUCCUACUCCCUUCCUUGGGCUCCUGAAUUCAUUUGCUCCUAAAUCUUGCUCAUUCUUUUUCUCUGCAUUUUCCCCCUUUGGGUUUUCCUAACCAACCUCUUUUGUUGUGUCCUUUUGCUGUCUCUGUGUUCCUCUCAUUCUCAAUUUUUCUGUCCAUUUGGGCCUCCUCCCUGCUCCCACACCCUGGCCCCUUCUUUCCUUGGUCUCCUUUUCGAUAUGCCAAACCAAUUUUGGGUCGAGUGCAUUUAACGAGAAUAAAACAAAAGGCUCAUAAGAACGUUUCAGAAAAAAACAAAAAGUUUAAAAAAAUGUUGAGUCAAAAAGUCAAACAAUAAAGAAAUUAAGAUUUCUUGGAA